GAAACAAAAUUCAGCUUGGUAUCCGGAAUGUUUCAGAACAUAUCGACUAAAUGCACCGAAAAGGCUGAUACAGAUCUUCAGGGCAUCACCUGCAGCUCUGAAGUGGAUGAGAUGGAAAUGAACACCUUAAUGGACAUCCGCAGAAGAUGUGGUCAAACCGAAAGUAAAAUGGAGGCCGUCGUCAAGGAAAUGGCUGAUAGUGUAUGGAGUACUGAAGAUGUUCUGAUAAUAACUGAAGCAAAUCCUACUGACGAAACCAUACAAAGCCUCCGUAAUUUUAUACACGAUGUAAUAAAGAUUUGCUGGUUAAUGGCCAUAUCACAGCCUCCCCUGAUGCUCAAUUUUGAAGUUGAAGGCACCAUGUAUACACCCCAUGUCAAGGAAAGGUUUACGGAAUAUUUGACCGAGGAUGCUGUGGAAUCGAUCUACAAGCCGGGUACCAUUUUGCUAGUUGUGUGGCCAUCAGUAGAAAAAAGGAACAAAAGGGGAUUUUUGAAGAAAGGAGAAGUUAUCGUUAAACCUUAAUCUGUUGUGAUCGUUUAAUAUUUUAAAACGCGUUUGAUGUUUCUACAUCAAUAUGGCAAUAAUGUAAAG